AUGGAACCCAAAUUCCUCAUGAUAUUGAUCACAGCACUUUUAUUAGCUCAAACUUCAUCUGCCGCUGUUGCUCCACAAAACACAUAUUCUACAUUCGUCAAAACCUCAUGCAGUUCCGCCACUUACCCCGCCGUCUGCAUGAAAACCCUCCUCCCCUAUGCCUCCGCCGUCAAGACUAACCCAUUUAAACUGGUUAACGUCGCCCUCUCCACCACCCUCAAAUCCGCCAACGCCACCCUCUCCACCGUUUCCCGGUUAUCCAAAAACAAACAGAUCACCAAGUGGGAGGCCGCAGUCCUUAAAGAUUGCGUCGGAGACAUUAAAGACAGCAUUAGUGAAAUCAAAGACACCCUCAAGGCGAUCUCUGGUCUUCCUAAAUCUGCCGAUAAGCGUUUUGUGAUCUCUAAUGCUCAGACGUGGGCCAGCGCCGCCAUCACCAAUGAGAAUUCAUGCCUUGACGGGUUUUCCGACAGGAAAGUCAAUCCGGCCAUUAAAAAGAAGAUAAGAAACAGCAUUGUAAGUCUUACAAGGGUUAGCAGCAAUGCUUUGUAUCUUAUCAACCACCUUACGGUUUGA